AACCAUGAACAUGACCUCAAAUAGUGUGAUUCACUCAAAGGGCAUCAUAGUAAUAAGUAAACACUCUCUUCCCACCUAAAAUGUCUUCCUAUAAACCCAACUAGUCUCUCUUCUUCUCCAAACUCCACACACAAAACCGCCACCGCCUCUGUCUCCGCCUCCGCUCUGUGUCCGUUUCCGCCGUAUCCACCUCUCCUUGAUCCCCCAUCGUCUCCCCCUUGUUCUGCUUAUUCUGAGUGAUGGGUAUGCCCUGCCGCUGUUCCCACACCUCCCACAUCACCGAGAUCAUCAUCACCAGCUUCUUCCGCCACAAGUCUUAGAUCUCCUUCCCCUUCUUCGUUCAACAAAGCCUUCUCCGAUGGCACGCUAAGCGCUUCCUUGGAUUAAGCUUCUUUUUCUUUCUGAUUUUAUGGCGGGAGGGAGGGUCUUUAGCGGCGGUUCUGCUGCUCCUGCAAAUGUUUCCGAUACCAGUCUUUUGCUUCAGAAUCAACCUCCUGAUUCUUCUCUCUUCCUCUCUACCUCUGCUUCUUUUCUCGGUUCAAGAUCCAUGGUGAGCUUCGCAGAUAAUAAAUUAGGGCAAACGCGGUCGUUCUUCUCCGCGUUUGACCUCGAUGAGAACGGCGAUGAGGUCAUGGACGAGUACUUUCACCAAUCGGAGAAGAAGCGCCGUCUCUCUGUUGACCAAGUUCAGUUUCUGGAGAAGAGCUUCGAGGUGGAUAACAAGCUCGAACCUGACAGGAAAACCAAGAUUGCCAAGGACCUUGGUUUGCAGCCACGCCAAGUCGCAAUCUGGUUCCAGAACCGCCGUGCACGGUGGAAGACGAAACAGCUUGAGAAGGAUUAUGAUUCUCUGCAUAGUAGCUUUGAGAGUCUCAAAUCCAACUAUGAUAAUCUUCUCAAGGAGAAAGACAUGUUAAAAGCUGAGGUGGCAAGUCUCACUGAGAAGGUGCUUGCAAGAGAGAAUUUGAAACAAGUUGAAAGUGAAACAAAGGGAUUGGUUGAACCACCCCAAAGGCCUUUACUUGAUUCAGUUUCAGAGGGUGAAGAAUCUAAAGUCUCUGUUGGGGCUUGUAAACAUGAGGAUAUCAGUUCAGCCAGGAGUGAGAGUUUGGAUUCUGAUAGCCCACGUUACAGGGAUGGAUAUGGAGUUAACUCAGCAGUGCUAGAGACAUGUGAUUCUUCUUAUGUGGUUGAACCUGAUCAAUCGGAUAUGUCACAGGAUGAGGAAGACAACCUGACCAAGACCCUGUUGCCUCCAUACAUGUUUUCCAAACUUGGAGAUAUGGAUUACUCCGACCCGCCUGAAAGUUCAUGUAAUUUCGGAUUUCCGGAGGAAGAUCAUGCCCUUUGGUCAUGGUCUUACUGAAGAAUAUGUAUCUCUGCUUUUAUGUUCAUGUUUAGUGUUUGCCCCUUUUGUUAAGAUUUCAAAUAUGAGAGAGGCUGAGUGCUUCAUAACAAAUAAAUCAGAACAAUGACACCUUUGUAGAAAUGGUGGUGUUUUGCUACAUUGUAAUUAAUGGAACUUUUUAUUCAGAUGUUAAAAAUGUCUUAUAGCUGCUUGAAAAUGUUGCUCUGGAUGUAAUUUCACAGGGAAAUUGAAAUAGAGGAUGAACCAAGUUACUUUUUUAUUGGUUCACUUUGUCUUGUUA